GCAACAGAUAGGUACUUGACAGUUCUAGUCGCACGUGAAUGCGGCCAUAUACCUAUAGUUAGCCUGUGUAAUUCACUAAUAAAGUCGGGUUGCCAUUCCUGCGUUGACUCAUGUUGAAUUGAAACAAUUUGGCUGAUUAAUCCAUAUCGAAAUUGCAGUUAUUUCUCUUCCAAUACUCCGUAUCAACUAUCUAUAAUUUGAGAUUGCGGUUCAUGAAUAUUGAAUUGGCAAAUGAAACGCCACCAUUAGCUCGUUAAGCGAGUUUGCAAUCAACAUGCUUCUGCUGAGGGGUAGAUGAAUUAUGAUGAGUAAUUGAUGUCAUCUAUUUCUAAUCUGUCAAACUGAACUCAAACUCCCCUCCAAACAAAAAACAUCAAGUUGAAUCGUUGACAGUUUCAAGCAACCAUCCUACCCAGUCGGAAUAUUCGGACUAAUCCAGAUUCGUGCCUAGCACAAUGACUGAAGCGUAGUGAGUACUAUCAUCACCGUCACACUGUUUGAUACUGACAAACUGAUCAAAAAGUCUCAAAGCCUUGGGCGAGAAGCUCACGAAGGAAGGCCCUCACAAAGUUGAAGAUACGCCUCGUCGAGUCAGAGGUGUACUAGGAGGAGAGUACAUCUUCGACACUACGGAAGCAAAAUAUGUUUGGGAGCAUCCAUACUAUAACAUCGCUCCUUUGCUUUACUCCGUCCUUUUCUCCAAAACUAUGCGUUCAGAGCACACAAUAACUAACACUAGUAUUACAGACCCAUACUUUUAUAUCCCCACCACGUCUCUCAAACUCCAAGAAUUCACCAAAACAUCUGAUCCCAAAUUACCCUACUUCAUAGCCAAUAUAAAGAACCAUGGAAAGACCGCGCUUGUCCUUGGAUUUACCCACGGCGGCCCUCUUGAUGGCAUGUCACGCAUCUCCGUACCUUCCCUCGACAAAUGGCUUGUAGAGGACGAGAUUCUCCAAGGACCACACCCCAAGGACCCUUACAAGAGAGUCGAAACCAUCCCAUCGUCUCGAGAGAUUCGUAUCGAGCACAAGGGUAAAACCAUCCUCACCACGUCGCAGAACAUAUUUCUCUAUGAAACGACGUUAAGGCCAAGAUACUAUUUGAACCCCGGCGCUGUGGUAGAUUGGGGCUCUUUGGUGGAAAGUGAGACGACUACCUUUUGCCCCUAUAAAGGGAUGGCGGAGUAUGAUUUCUCCCUCUCUAUUCCCCUCUUGAUUUGAAGACGUCUUCUUGGGAAUAGGCGCUGAUUUACGACAGCUAUUACCAUCUCAAGGUUGGCGAUGAAACUGUGGAGGAUGCAAUAUGGUAUUACAAGUACCCAACAUCCGAGUCCGCUUUGAUUGCUGGAAGAUUAUGUUUCUAUAACGAGAAAUUCGAUGUCUUCGUUGAUGGAGUGAAGGAGAAGAAGUGAUGGUCAGGACGUGAAGUCUACGUAUGAUGCUUAAGCAAGUCAGUGAAUAGUCGUUCUACAGAGUAGAGCCAAGUUAGGGAACUAAAAGUUUUAUUCAUGAUUUUUC